AUUGGGAGCGGAUUUCGGGAAAAUGAAUCGGUUUUGGUUGUUAAUAUUCGGCCUGCCCUUCGUGGCGGCAGCGACAAUAGACUUGAAAGACGAACCUCUAGAUUGGCCUGAAACAUACCAUUUCGAAGCCGUCAGGAUGUCAAUUAGUGCCGGCAACGUACAAGACUACUCAGUAUGGAAAACAAAUCAUUCGUCACGCGUCGACUACAACAAAGGAGCUGUGAAAAGUAUUAUCGUAGAUGAAAACGCAAAAUACAGAUACGGAGUCUCAUAUGAGAUCCACCCAGAAACUGACGAUGGUGAAGAUGCGAUUUUCAAGUGUAAUGUAAUGCUUGGAUCUGAAGAUAAUAUAUUCGACUUAAAGAUUAUCUUGCCAGAAACCGACAACUUUGAAUACGUCUUUCAUAACAGCACAACUAAACGCCUGAACCAUGAGAUGGCGUUAGUCGGCUACGGUGAACGCGACGGCGACACCUAUUGGAUCAUCAAAAACUCCUGGGGCCCCGACUGGGGAGUCGAAGGAUACUUGCUGAUUUCAUCCCGUAACAACAACUGCGGUAUCGCAACAGAACCAACUUACGUAGUCUACUAAAACAAUCAGAGAGUUUAUCGGAUUAAACAAAUUGAAAAAGCAUGAAACAUGGAUUCGAUUGAGUUUAAUUAUAUAGUGUGAAAUGAAUUAUAAAUAUAUAUUGCAGCAUU